UGAAGCACAGACACUACUUCCCCAAUCUACAGUAGCCAUUUUAACUGCAUAAAACUGCUGGAUUUCUUUUUUCCCUUUCUGGCUCUUGGGACUAUGCAAACACCUUCCAAAACAUUAAGUGGUGAAAGGUUAUCCAAGUGAAAAGAACAAUUCAGGAAAGGAUUUCCCUGGUAUGUUUAUCUUUGAGAAGAGAAGAGCUCAAGAAGAUUGACUGUCCAAGAAUUAUUAGCCCAGACACCUGAUUUAUUUCAUGACCUUGUUUUUCUGCCCGACUGGGUUUUGGUGAUAGUUUCCAUCCUGCUACAUUUAAGAGGAUUUUUUUAUGUGGAACUGAGACCUGGGAAUGCUUUAUUAUGGCAGCAAUUGUGCAACAGAAUGAGCUUGUGUUUGAAUUUGCCAGCAACGUCAUGGAGGAUGAACAACAGCUUGGUGAUCCAUCUAUUUUCCCUGCUGUCAUUGUGGAACAUGUUCCUAGUGCAGACCUCCUACACAAUUACUCUGGCUUAUCCUGUGUUGAUGAACCUAAUGACAUGAUUACCGAAAGUUCAUUGGACGUUGCAGAAGAGCAAAUCAUAGAAGAUGAUGAUAUCACUCUGACAGUAGAAACUGUGCAUCAUAGUGGAGAUGAAAUAAUGGAGACUAUUGAAGCUGGUGAGGCACUUCUCAGUAUGGAUUCCCCUGGUCCUAUGUUGGAUGAAAAAAGAAUAACAAAUAUAUUUGGUACAUCUGAAGAUGAAGUUAUGGUUGCUCCUAUUACGCAUGUAUCGGUCACACUUGAUGGGAUUCCUGAGGUAGUAGAAGUUCACCAACCUCAAGACUGUUAUAGCGAAUCACUAGAUACGCCAGAACUUGAGCAACCUAAGAAGAAAAAGGGGAAAAAGACCAGACCCUCUCGUCCUGAAUCCCCUACUGCAACUCCAAACAUAUCAGUGAAAAAGAAAAACAAAGAUGGAAAGGGAAACACAAUUUAUCUUUGGGAGUUUUUAUUAGCACUGCUCCAGGAUAAAGCUACCUGUCCCAAAUAUAUCAAAUGGACUCAGAGAGAGAAGGGAAUUUUUAAACUGGUAGAUUCCAAGGCUGUGUCCAAGUUGUGGGGAAAACACAAGAACAAACCUGAUAUGAACUAUGAAACAAUGGGCAGAGCUCUCAGAUAUUAUUACCAAAGAGGCAUACUGGCUAAAGUAGAAGGUCAGCGCUUAGUGUAUCAGUUUAAAGACAUGCCAAAAGAUCUCAUCUAUAUAGAUGAUGAGGACCCAAGCCCCAGCAAUGAGCCUUCAGAUUCAUCUUUUCUAUCAUCAACUGCAACCAAUAGAAACCAGUCAGGCAGAUCUAGAGCAUCUUCAAACACAGGAACCAAAGGAGGAUCCACCCCAGGUCUAAAAACAGGAAACUCUAAGUCUACUAAACUUAAGGAGCACAUAGAAGUUGUACAGCAGCAAACACCUAGCUUGCCAUCAGAAGUUUUGAGGACAGUGCAACCUGCACAGCAAAUACAUCCAACUCAGCUUUUUCGGACAGUUCACGUAAUGCAGCCAGUACAGUCCAUCACAGAAGGGCAUGCCACUGUCACCAGUAACAUUCAGGAUGAAACAUUGAAUUCUUCUGUUCACAACAUAAGGACUUUACAGACCCCAGCCCAAGUUCCAGUGGUUGUUUCACCUGGAAACCAGCAACUUCACACUGUAACACUCCAAACAGUGCCUCUUACAACAGUGAUAGCCAGUACAGAUCCAGCAUCAGCAACAACUCCACAAAAAUUUAUCUUACAAGCCAUUCCUACUUCACAGUCCAUGACAGUUCUUAAAGAAAAUGUCAUGUUGCAGUCUCCAAAACCAGUGUCUCCUCCUUCAUCCAUUGUCUUUACCCCUGCUCAAGUUCAGCAGGUUCUCACCAGCAAUGUGCAAACCAUUUGCAAUGGAACAGUCAAUAUGGCUUCAUCUCCAUCUUUCAGUGCUCCUACCCCUGUGGUAACUUUCUCAGCCAGCAAUUCACAGAUGGUAGCUCAUCCUUCUGGCACCGUGAUCACUUCAGUAAUUAAAGCACCAGAAACCAAACAAACGGUUAUACAAGGAAUGGUAAAAGAGGAGACAGAAGAUAACAAAAUAGAAGAUACUGAGCAGUCGGAGCAGAGGUUCCAGCAGCAGCCUUUUUUGAUGGUGUUAUCCAAUUCCAAUGGAUUCCCAGCUAAUAUACAAGUAAAACAAGAAAGUGAACAGUUGGAACCAAAUUCAUAUUAAUAAAAACCAACCUCUGUGGAUGACGAUUUUCAUAAAUGUGAUGGGACCUUUUCAGUUCUUGUAUAUAUGAUUUAAUUCCAAAGCAGGUGUUACUGAGCUACUUAAUUUCUGCAGUUAAUUGUUAGAAGUCAUGCUUUAGACUGGGUUUUGAUUUUCUGUUAAUUGCUAAAUGUUAUCAUAAAAAUAAAAUGAUAUAUUACUACUCAUGUUUUAAAAUACAAGCAUGAAGGAACAUGCAUUUUAUGCUAUGAAGACUUUCUCUUGAGUUUUUGGCCAAAGUUCUGAACUUUUUAUAUACUGAGCAUUUUCUGUCUGUUGCUAAUUUACAUUGCAAUAACAUAUUAUAGCCUUUUCUGUUUAAUUUGCAAAUGUCACUUGACUUUUGAAGCAACAGCUACUUUCCACAGAACAUCAUUUUCAUUCCAUGUAUAUGAAGUUUGAUUAUCAAGUUUACCAAAUAUCUAUUUCAUAUCAGUUAAUUAAAUCAGUCUAAGUAAUAGACAGUAGCAACCAGGUAUCCUCCUGUUGCAUUUUUGCACAAACUAAUGGGUGUGCAAAAUAAGAAUACACUCCUGUUGAGAGUACACAAAACAUUUACACCAGUAAUGGACAUUAUCAGAUCUAUAUUUUUGCUAUAUAAACACAUCAAAUAUAUUUAAUUACAGAAACUAGUGGCAUCACUACUGGUGCAAUUAUUUUAUACCAUUUUGUGGCUACAGAUUUUAACUAUCUUGCUUUCUAUUUCAGAUUAUUUUGUAAGGAUGAAAAGUGAAUUGUAUACAAUUUAUGCUGGUAGUCUGAGAUUAAUACUUUUAAGAAUUCUUUUUUCAUAUGUAAAUAAUGUAAAUUUAAUUUUACAAGGAAGUUUUUCAACUAACUUGUUUCUAUAGAAAAAAUUUUGAUAGAUGAAAAUAAGAUCAUUAUGUUUAGAAGUCUAAAGUUAUAUGUAUUCAUAUUCCAGAGUGAAUUUGUAUUUAAAGACAAAUUUUUAAAUGAUGGAGCCCUUUGGAUUCUGGGUUCCUUGUCUUUUGUAUUUUUAAUUGGUUUAUUAUGAAAAUAAAUCAAGUGGAAAAAACACAGACUGA